AUGUUUCCAUUUACACAUGUUCAUGCGUUUAACAAAGGCAAUGAAGAAGUAUAUAUGGAUGUUGAAAAUGGCAAGAACGGUGAAGGGAGUGUGUUUCGCAUGCCUCUUCAUUACCCAAGAUACUCCAAAGAAGAUUACCAAGACAUGCCAGAGUGGAAGCUCGACAGGGUUUUAGCAGAUUACGGUUUGUCUACUUAUGGUGACUUGGCUCAUAAGCGUGACUUUGCUAUUGGAGCUUUUCUCUGGAUUUCAACUCGUAAUCCAAAGCUUUAUCAAGAAAAGUCCAUCAACUCCAAACUGAAGAAAGAUACAAAAUCAGCUCAUGCAUAA